CUUCGCAAUGGCGGACUUAUAAUAGAACUCGACAGCGAAGCAACCGUGAACCGACUGAAAGUUGAAGCCACCCAACAAAGAUUUCUUCAAGCCCUGGACUCCUCGGUAAUAUUCAAGGACAGGACCUACACACUGGUGGUACAGUACAUCCCUGUUAACCUACUGAUCGAACGCACAGGCCUCCUUCGACUAGUAGAACAAAAGAAUCACCUAGAGACCAACUCCCUCAUCUCCAUGCACUGGAUCAAGCCCCCACAUAAACGACCACCUGGACAAAUGAUGGCA